AUGGGGUUGGCCUUCAGGCACAGCAUGCCGCGCGGCGUCCUGAUGUCGCUGCGCGACCUCGGCCCCAUCCCCUACUCCAGCGGCCUCAUGCGGCGGCGGGAGGGCACCCCAGACAUGAAGGCGGGCGACCGCCUGUUUGUGAAGGUGGUGCGCAUCGAGAUGGAGCAGGUGAUCGUCGACAGCCGGCAGGUGGACGCCAAGACCGGCGCCGAUCUGGACCCGGCCAACGAUCACGCCGAGGUGGAGGACUGGGUGGACGUGCCCGAGGGCCUGGCUGGCGCAAUCAUCG